GUGAAGUUAACAAAGUUUCGUGGGUGACCGGAUUUUACUUCUCAAGUUUAUAUUCGUUAUUGUCCGUUAUUAUCUGGUGAUUAUCUAUCAAAGGGACCGAUGGGCCUUAUGUAGGGGUUGUAAUUGGGAUUGGAUGAUAAUUAUAAGGGAAUCAUGUUGGAGCGGAUUGAGAUUAGUGUCAUUCCUAAUGAUUCGAGGCACGAGGAGACGAUCAUUCUGAUUACUGAGUGUUUGGAUAAUCUCAGGACCGCAGCUUCCCAUAUUUUUCAAGGGAUUGACGAUCGCAUCGCCGGGUACAGGAGCAGAUUAUCAACAAUAAAAGCAAGAACUAAUAAAAUAGAAAGGCAAUUGAGUAAUCUGGAGAAUACGAUGAGUAUGAAAGCAGUGAAAAUGUACUCGGACGCGAAAUACCCGGCGUACUCGACGUAUCAAGAGUACCAGACGAUAAUUGACACAGGAAUCUCACAGAAUCAUCCAGAAAGUCGAGGUACAUCGACUCUCCUAGACGACCGAAGACGAAAGCCCCUAGAGUCUGCUCAAUCCCGAUCAAAUUCGAAUUACUACUCUCCAGAAUUAAAUUUGAAGGAAAAACUACAAUUUUAUUACGUGAUGGGGAAGUCAUUGCAAAAAAAAUCGGGAGAGUCCUCACACAAGUUGAAAAUUGAUAAAGUCUCGUCAGUAAGUGCCCUGCUGAUCAAUGAACCUAGUCAAGAGGGCCUGGAGCAACCGGUGUCCUCCAGGGGAAAGGGCGAGGAGAUGCAGGAUGCUCCUGACUCCAUUGGCCAGCCCUGGAGAUCGGAUAUCGAAUCUCCGUCUUAUCUGUAUGCUCCGAUGUUAGGAGAGGUUCCCCAGAUAAACGUUCCAGCAAUUUUGCCAGACCUCCCAGGGAUCGUCGACGACGAAAAAUUCGUCCUGGACCUGAGCUCGCAAUCUCCAAUCGCCCCUUCGUCAGCAGUGACCUCUCCCACCCUGAGAAUCGAUCUUCCAGAUACGGCAAUAGCACCUGAGAUUCCAGAGACCCGGGAAAAGGAGUUGCAAGUGGAUUCACCAAAUCUUCCGAGCAUCGGAGAGACUGCAGCCCAAAGAGCCCCAUCUCCACCACCUCCACCUCCUCCCCCGCCUCCACCCACACUACCAGAACCUCCAGUAAGUGCUCCAGCACCUCCACCACCUCCACCUCCUCCUCCACCAUCUGCUCCAGAGGCUCCUGCUGCUUCAGAACCGAGGAUCAUUCCUAAACCUCCAGUUGUAGCGCCAGCAGACGAUAGAGGAAAUCUCAUGGCUGCAAUUCGAGCCGCUGGUGGAGUAGGAAAAGCCAAAUUGAGACAAACAACUUCCAUCAUCGAACAGAAUGAGGACAGAUUCUCCUCGGCGUCCGUUGGCGGCGAUCUGAUGGCUGAUCUCCAUGCAAAAUUGGCUAUGAGGAGGAAAGCCAUGACGGGAGGAGCCGUCGGAGCUCUUGAGAGAAUUUCGAGACUCAUUCCACCUCCACCGAAACCUAAUGAAGCUUCUGAUAGAAAUUCAGCUACUAGUGAAUGUGAUUCGCAGAAUGAUAAUGAUGACUGGGAGGAAUAGUUUUUCAAAGAAAAUAUAUUGUGGCAAUCAAUAGUCAUGAAUUUUUUAUUCCUA